UUUAGUAUAUAUAAUAUAUAGUUAUAUACACACACACACACAUAUAUAUAUACAUGCUUCAACGAUCUCAAGCUCAAGUUGCGUUUUCUUUCAAGUUGCACGCGUGUGUUCCUUGGAACUUGCGGGAGCAUUAUGUUAUACGUGCCUAAAUAACGUUUUUGGUAAUGUUACUGCAGUAUUACGACUGUAUUAAAAAAGUUAUGUGCAGUGUCGUGUUGUGAUGUACCGAUGUGCCGAUAAAACAAUCGAUCUUUGUAAAUGUUUUACGUAUAUGGAAUCCAGGUGGCAGGUGCCUAGAAAGCAGCUGGUAAGAUGGGAAAGUUGUUGUCAAAAAUUUUUGGCAACAAGGAGAUGCGAAUUCUUAUGUUGGGAUUGGAUGCUGCAGGAAAAACUACAAUAUUGUAUAAACUUAAAUUAGGACAGUCUGUGACAACUAUACCGACUGUAGGAUUUAAUGUAGAAACUGUUACCUAUAAAAAUGUUAAAUUUAACGUCUGGGACGUAGGUGGACAGGAUAAAAUACGUCCAUUAUGGCGUCAUUAUUACACAGGAACACAAGGUCUUAUUUUUGUAGUAGACUGUGCAGACAGAGAUAGAAUUGAUGAAGCACGUCAAGAACUCCAUCGGAUUAUAAAUGAUAGAGAAAUGCGUGAUGCUAUUAUUUUAAUUUUUGCUAAUAAACAAGAUCUUCCUGAUGCGAUGAAACCCCAUGAGAUUCAAGAAAAGUUGGGGUUAACUAGGAUACGGGACAGAAAUUGGUAUGUUCAACCAUCAUGUGCUACCACUGGAGAUGGGCUUUAUGAAGGCCUUACAUGGUUGACCAGUAACCACAAAUUAUGAGCAAAUAUUUAUUUUUGAUCAAUUGGCUUAGAUAUGGAAAAUAUACACCUGUAUUUUUAUUUUAACUUAUCAUAUGGAGGCUCUGUAAGGCACAAUUGACAUUGAUCGAGUCAAUGGGAUGAUUUCGAUAAAGAAAGAUACUGCAAUUCAGAAAUGCUCCUUACAUACUGUGGUGUGUGUUCCAAUAAUAUUGAUAAUAAGAGCAUAGUAAUAUAUCAUGAAGCCAACUAAGAGAAAUUGUAACCAUUAUUAUUAUUAUUAUUAUUAUUAUUAGCUGUCCAUUGCCACCCAUAAGAUGUAAUUAAAACAUUAUCGAAUAGAGUUAUAUACUUUCAGA